GAAAUUCGGUAAGACCACGAGACGAGGCUCUCAAACUCAACCUCUACCCCUCCGCCUCUCUCUCGCUCGCUCGCGCUGGUCAGCCACGCUCGCCCAACGCCUUCGACCCUUCCUCUUUUACUUGAAGAGCACCGCCGUGAGGGGCGGCGCUAACUCCGUCGGAGCUAUUUGUUAGAAAGCUGUGUAAGCACGCCAGCUGCUCGAUCGAGUUCGAUCCUCGUAAGAAUUUUUGCUUGAAACAAAAGCAAUGCCGGCACAGAAACGGUCCCACGAUGCUUCGGAAGAUGAUCUUAUGGAGAACGACCACGAAGACAGCCAUGAACAACCUGGAGACGAAGAGGAAUCCGAUCGAAGUCCUUCGUCGAGCAGCGGUGACAAAGACGAAUUUAUCAUUGUAAAAUUGGCAGAAAUCCGGAAAGAGGUUCAAUGCCCUAUCUGUUUAGGGAUUAUUCGGAAAACAAGAACAGUGAUGGAAUGCCUGCAUCGCUUUUGUAGGGAAUGCAUAGACAAAUCUAUGCGCCUGGGUAACAAUGAGUGCCCUGCUUGCCGCACUCAUUGUGCUAGUCGUCGUUCUUUGAGAGAUGAUCCAAACUAUGAUGCCUUAAUUUCAGCUUUAUAUCCAGAUAUCGACAAGUAUGAGGAAGAGGAGUUAGCAUUUCAUGAAGAGGAGAAAGCUCGCAAUAAGCAGAUACAGGCGACCAUUGCCCAAACCUUACGCCGUCAAUCGGAAGCUCUUGGUAGGAAAAAAAAUAAUGCUAAAUCUACAGCUGCUGCAUUUGUGAGGAGAUCACAGGGUAGCUAUCGAAAUUUGAGAGGGAGAAGAAACUCUCGAACUGCUGCAGAAAAUCAAGAAUCGGAUGAUAAUGAGGAUGCAAAUGGUAAUGAUGGAAGCAAAGAUUCAUCGUCUGCUGAUGAACGAACAGAACAUAGACCAAAAAGGUCCAAGAGAUGGGGAGGAGGCCGAUAUUCACAGUCUUCUUCAGCAGCUGCUGGUGCAGAUGGGGGCGGUGAUGAGAAUGAUUCUGAAGUGAACAGAGAAAUCAUUGGCGCGUCUUACAGUUUUGUUGGAAGCUCAGAAAGACUUGCAUGGGGAAAAGGUGGUAUGCGUAGUCACACACGACAUGGAUUGAACACUAGUGGCAAUGGUAAGAAUGCCAGGAACACCCGUCUCUCAAAGUUGGGGGAUUAUCUCCGAAAUUCUGAAGAAAAUAAUGAUGAGCUCGACAUCCACCUCGUGCUUGUUUCUAUUGAUGAAGAUAAAACUCCAAGCUUGCAGCGGCCAUACCUUUGCUGCAGGCCCACUUUGUCAGUUAGACACCUAUCCGAGUAUGUUGCUCUUCAAACUGCAUUGCAAGCUGACGAAGUUGAGAUAUACUUGGUAAAACAGCUCGAUGAAAAAUUCGAUCCAUCAACCUUAGCGAAAAUUCCAAUUUUAAAGUCUAGCGUAUCAGAAUCCAUGGAAAAGCUACAAGUUUUAAGAGAAGAAGAAACCUUGGCAGAACUUACAAUUCAUAGCUUUACUUGUGGAUAUAUGCUUCUUGCUUAUCAGAAGAAAUGGAGCUCAAAGUGGCAGUCCUGACUAGUAUUCUGCUACCUUUAUGUUAUAACCCAAAAAGAAAACCAAAAAGUCUCACCCUUUUCUUACAAAGGUACAUAUAAAAUUCAUACUGGCUGUGAAGGUUGUCAGGUAGGAAGGGUAGUAUUAUUAUUCAUAGCUUAAGAACUCUAAAACAUGUUAUUGAAUAGAAUAAACAUGUUUGAUUUUAGGAGCUUGUCCCCAUUGAAACGCAAGACUUUAGAACUAGGAAAUUGGCUUUUCUUGGUCUCCAAUUUGUUAGUCAACUUUAACAACUUUUCUGUAGAUUAUGAUUUUCCUUGAAUCUUAUUAUGAUCACUAUUUUUGUUUCUUCUUUAAA